UCAUGUAAUAUUUGAAAACUUGCAGUAGCGUUAAGUGAAUCAUUUGUGAAGAGACAAACAAUCUAACAGUUGGACAGAAAGAUUUGCAGGUACACAGGUGGCUCAAUAGACAAGCAGACUGACAGACAGACACAUAGACAGACAGAUAGACAGACCGUUUUCAGUCACUGAGUUGGCUCCGGGUAGUUUGCAUUGUUCUCUUUUAAGUGUUAGAUGUUAAACAAUUUGUUUUAAAAUGUAGCCGUAGUGAACUCUCGUAGUUGUGGAACUUUGCAUAGUUACCUUGCUAGCAUUGUAUUAUAGAUGUAUGUUUGAAAUAAAUGUUAUUUGACAGACAGACAGACAGACAGACAGACAGAUUCCCCGUAUGGUCAUGAGCAACAACUUACUCGCCAGAGGAGGAAAGAAUGGCGUACGGAGUAAAAUCUCUAGAUUGGCAAUGGGACGAGCUUCUCCAAGUCGAUAGGCCAAGUCAAAUGGCAGAGAUUAAACGUCGAGACACACGCAUAUCUGCAGCUCUAAAGCUUGUCAGGUGUGGAGAGUCAUCUCGUGCUGCACGUGUUCUUACCAGCACAGAAUUAUCUCCUCCUACGCAAGAGACUGCACGGAAACUGAGGUCAAAACAUCCUUCUGCUACAACCAAACCUAAUCUGGACUUACCUAAUACAUCUCAUCUAAUAGUAUUGUCAAAACAGCUGCUGUUUAAGGUUAUUCGGGAGUCCCCUCACGGAUCUGGUGCUGGACCCUCAGGAUGGCGGUUUGAGCAUUUCAAAGUCUUGAUUGAAAACGAAACUAUAGCAGAUGUUCUAUUUGCAUGCUCUGUCAUUGCUGGGGGAUCUCUUCCUCAUCCCAUGUCUGAGUUUCUGGCAUCAGCUAGGCUAAUCGCAUUGUCCAAACAGAACAGAGAUAUUCGGCCAAUAGCCAUUGGAGAGUGUCUCAGACGCAUUUCAGCUGGAGCCAUCUGUUUGCAGAAAAGCAAAGGUUUUCACAGCUAUUUCUGGCCUAUUCAGCAUAAGGUAUCAAUGAAAUGUGGCUCAGAGAUGCUUUUUCAUUGUUGUGCUAUCUCUAGACUCUUACCCUGAUUGGGCAAUUUUGAAAUGGAUGCCAAGAACGCAUUCAACUCCAUUGAUAGACCUCACCUUUUGCAAGAAGUGUCAUCUACAUUUCCUGACAUUUACUCUCAUGUUAAACAAAUGUAUGGUCAAGCUGGUCGUCUAGUGUUUACAACUGCCAAUUCUCAUUUCCUCAGAAGUUGGUGUUCAUCAGGGUGAUCCUCUGGGGCCCACGCUUUUUUCUUUGGCAAUUUCAUCUUUUUUUUAGCAAACUGCAGUCUUCAGAUUCAAAUGUCACUGUACUUGCCUAUCUUGACGACGUCUUCUUACUGGGUCCACCUAGAAAGUUAAUAAUCUCUUCCUUCAACAGCUUGAAGCAGUCUUUCACUGGAAUUGGCCUAAGCCUAACAAUAGCAAGCAACAAAUGCAAAUUUUGCUGAAAAGAUAACUGUUACAUCGUCACAAAUCCCAGAGUUGUUAGGCAUUCCUAUCAAGUCAAAUUGUACGGGAUACCAAUUGGUCAGCUCAAUUUUCAGCUUUCAUCCUGCAGCGACUUUGCUCAGACGGGAUCUUCCUUGUACAAUCAGCUGGAAGAGCUUGAGGAUGUUCAGUGCGCCACCCUGUUCCUCGGGUUGUCAUGUACUUAGGCUUAAUCAUUUGGAUCAGAUGAUUGCUCCAGAUAUUCUCAAAUCUGCAGCUACUGCACAUGACCCUCAGACAAGAUGCUGUUUCUCUCACCUGUUAGGAUUUGACUCUAUCUGAUGCGACGUGGAGGCAAGCAUGUCUUCCAAUCAGGCUUGGCAGCUUUGGCAUGAUUUCUACUGCUUGUUCCUCAGUGCUUUUAUUGUCUCUUUGUCUCACUCGGUGCUGGAGUUACUGAGACGCUUCCCUCAUUUAUACGGCGUUUGCCAGACUCUGAUCACUCAUUGUUUUGUCUCUCUUGGUGAUACUCUUACAAAGGCCCUUCCUCCUGGCAAAAGCUUCUCAGAUUUUCUAUGUGGCAGAAACAAAAUUAACAGUAUCUCAACCACAGGCAAGCAGCAAUUGAGCUAGACACUAUGAUAGAAGAGGCCUCUACUGCUCAUGACUCAGCUAGACUUUGAUCUUUGCAGGGAAAGGGAGUCGGUGCUUGGAUCAUUGCAAUCCCCACCUUCUCCGAGUCUCGCACUUAACUUCGGUGAGUACCGCUUGGCGAGCUCCUUGAAGUUUGGUCUUCCCAUUUUCCCUGAUUGGGCGGAGAAUUGCAAUUACGGAUCGACCAUCGAUGACAGCGGGUACCAUGUAAUAACUUGCAAGCUGGGCGGAGGCCCCGUUUAGUCUCAUGAAUCAAUUGCGUCUUUAUGGUCAGAUUUUCUGAGAAGUCUACACAUACACCACUGUAGAGAGCCACGCCAUCGUUAUGCAAACAUCAAGGAUAGGCCGGAUAUUGUUGAUUUUGACACAGUACGGAUCUAUCAUUGACUUAGAUAUAUCUCUCGCCCAUCCCUGGAGCUCUGAAACCUUUCCCAACUCCACAUACACCGAUGUGGCAGCGGCUCUGAGGCGUGAAGAAAAAAUGGAAGAAGUGCAAUUCGGAGAAGAGACCAGGCAGUGCCUCUGUGAGACUGAUCCCCCUUGUCUUCGCGAGUUCUUUGGAAGAUGGGGAGUAAAAGGGUUUCAAUAUCUGCAACAUCUAUCUCGCAGUUCAUUCAAAGAGGAGGGCAAACCAAAUGCACCACAAUUCUUGGAUUAUUGGAUGAAGAGAUUUGCCGUCCAACUCUGAAGAUGUAAUAGCAAGACCCUUACAAAGAAGUACUAAUCUCUCCUCAACGAAUACAGCUGCAGGAAGACUUCAGUUCUCAGUGGACAGUCAGAAACAUUUAGAGACCGGGACCAUAGGUCACUUUUGUCUAGUCAUAAUGUGUAUGUGUAUUUAGUGUGUAUAUAGUGUGUAUUGUAAUUUUAACCAGUUUUCAUGUAUGUACUAGAUGUAAUGGACACGUAGAUUAGCUAUUGCUCUGGUGCAAUAGUUCAUUUAUGGAAAAUAUAUGUAUUGACGGACAGACAGACAGACAGACAGACAGACAGACAAAUGGAAAGAUCUGCUUCAACCUAGAGCUAGGGUAUCGUCUUCUAAAGAUCAUUCUUCACCUUUACAAGGUGUAAGAGUUAACCAAGCUAGGAAGGCAGCCUUGCCGCUUAUUCGUUGUUUUGAGCUAGUACGAGCUGCAAGGGUCUUGACAAGCUCAGGUCUUGCGUGCACUUGACCUGACACCAUCAAUAAACUCAAAGCCAAACAUCCCAGUCGAUUGAAAAUUCUUGAUGUUGGUUUCAGUGCUCUGGUCUCAAGCAUCUACCUGUCCAGUUGUUCAACACUGUUGGAAGUCUACCAAAUGGAUCGAGUGCAGGACCAAUUGG